GAUUUUUGUCAGAUGUCCAACAUGGUCAUGAUACCGAAAGGAGGUUGUGCAUUUGGUCUGCAUCUUCUAUUUUUCUUCCUUGCACAUUUGGUGGACCCGACAACAGCAGGUGCAGGAAAUGAAUGGGACUAUGAGGGAGAUAUUGGCCCAGAGCACUGGCAUAAAAAUUACCCAAAAUGCGGCGGAAGGAGCCAGUCUCCGGUCAGUAUCGAAACAACGCUUGUAGUGUAUGACGAGGCACUGAAAGGAAUGCAGUUAGACGGUUAUAACAGUGUGUCAGAGGUCAACAUGAGUCUAACCAACAAUGGACAUACAGUUCGAGUUGACCUGACGGGUCAGUCGCUCACCGUCAAAGGCGGCGCACUACCAGGUGUAUACAAGGCCGGACAGUUCCACUUCCACUGGGGAGCAGAGGACAAACGUGGGUCUGAACACAAUCUCGACCACAAGAACUUCCCGAUGGAGAUGCACAUCGUUCAUUACCAUGACAAAUACAACAGCAUAAAAGACGCCAUGGAUAAGGACAAUGGUCUUAUGGUUCUUGGUUUCUUCUUUAAAGUUGGAAGACAUAAUCGACACUUUGAUGACAUUUUAGGACAUUUUGAUGAAAUAACUCAUAAAGAUGACCAUGUCAAUAUUCCUACAAUUCCUCUGCGUCAACUGAUGGCCAAUAACUUGGACUUGUAUUAUCGGUACCGGGGAAGUCUCACCACUCCUCCGUGCUACGAAACUGUAAUCUGGACUGUGUUUAGAGAACCCAUCGAAAUAGCAGAACACCAGUUACAACAAUUCCGCCAUAAAGUGAAGAAAAACUACCCGGAUGAGCCAGACCUUGACCUUACAGAUGACUUCCGGCCUGUGCAGGAUUUGAACCAUCGUAUAAUAUAUGGAAGUCACACAGACACUCUCCAAGCAUACCAGUCUCAGGGAGAAAACGGUGCAGGCCAAAUUGUUAUUUCAUGCUAUGUGAUAUUCAUUUCUGUCUUUAUAAAUGUGUUUUUGUAUUAAUUUCAUAGGUUGAAUAGAAUUGCCUACUACUGUAGAUUGUGGAUAAUGUCAUCCGAUGUAAAGGUAUGGGAGGAUCUUUAAACUCUGUGAUAAAAACUUCUAAACGUGUUAUUAUAAAAACAAAACUGUGAUUAUCUUAUUUUCUCCUUCAAACGGAAUGCAAACUAUUUAUGAUAGGAAAAUUAUCUAAAAUUGCAUUUAUUAUAUAUAUAAUAUGAAAACGUCAUUACUGGAAUAUCAGCGAAAACAUAACAUUAGGAUCAUGACAGCUUGGCAGGGGGUUGUCGUAGUUCAGCUUAUCGCUCUUAAUAUGAAAACAAUAUCAUCAUAUUUAAACAAACAUUGUACACAUUUAUAUCAUUAUAAGAUUUUGAAAUCCUGGGAUAGCUUUAGAAAAGCAUGAUUAAGCUACAUGAAAGUCACAUGAAACAUAUAGAAAUUUACGUAAAAGCAACAAUAUGACAGACUUGUUCUUCCACCGUAACAAUUUACUCUCUGUCAGAAUUAUCCGUUACUCAUCACGUGAUAAUUCACAAGUACUGAUAUCGCUUUAAAUAGUAACAUGAUUUCGGAAUUUUAUAUGUUUUGCUUACAGUGGCAUGCCUUGCCUAGUGUUUAAUUUGACGUACAUUUAUAACCGUUAAUAGUAAUUUCACAAUCACUUUAGAAGAUAUAUACGCCGAUAAGGUGUUAAGUGGAAUGACAUUUAGUCACAUAAGCGAUGCAUGCAAUAGCAAAUGUGUUCCAAGGUUUUGUUACCUGUGAUGUGAUUUAUUUUGCACAUGUUCCAAUAAUUGAGGAGCUUUCGGUAACUGUAUUUAAUGUUAUUUUACUUCAGACAGAUCGACUUUAGAAUGUUUUCAGGCAAAUCAAUUAUGUGGUAAAUACAUAAUGUUUAUAACUAUACCACGUGAUCAUAUUCAUGCUUCAUGCUUUCCGGUUUUCGUUUUACUCGUUGCUGUGAUGAUCAUUCGCAAUGUCCCACGUGGAUUAUUUGUUUCUGUCGUGUUAAGUAAAGGCCUUAAGUGAAAUGUUAAUAGCAAAUAUGAAAUGUAAUGAUUAUCAUAUGAAAUAAACUAUUUUUCAAAGAA